AAUAGACCCACCUUGUUAAGUUAUAUUUCGACCUGACAUUGUGGGUCUUUCAUUCUCACCUGAGGCAGGAAGAUGAUGAAGGAACUUCUAUCUUUCACCCUGUCGCCACAAACAGCCAUCGAAGCAUCUCACGGCGGCGGCGCCCGUGUGGUUCACCCACUCCAUCCACCGAGCCUCCACAAUGGCCAGUACUGCUGAGGACGAUUCUUUCGCAGGCAUACGACAUGACCUACCCGAACUGCGUCAACGACCGACUAGCGCCGAGCAACCGCUCGAAACCCUUUUGGACUUGACCACUGUCAGCGAUGAUGCCUUACUUCUCGACACCUGCCAGGCUGAGCAAAUAGACCGGUUUCGCCGCGAGAUUCGCCUCUGCCAGGACGACGCGACAAAAUACAGGCUAUGCCUACAGACACGAGACGAUCUACUUAGUCAGCACUCAAGCCUGCAGUAUCUGAUUGCUGCAUUCGAUCAGGUUAUGUUUGCCGAGUGCGCUGAGUAUCAUGGUUGGAGAAAGAGCAGAAACAAGGCAUCAAGCCGACCGACAAAUUCCCGAGAGGACGAUAUCUCAGUAUGGGAGCGCUUCGUAGGUGUAGCGAACGAAGGAAUGGAGAUCAAGUACAAGUGUCUGUCGGCCCUGACGGAGGUGGGCCGUUGCUGGGGACUCGACAAGGUCCAGCACUACCACUGGGCUUCUAAAGGAGAGAAGUACUGCAAGGUGCUGCGCACGGCAGCCCGAGCCGUUCCCGAAUGGGCCGAGGCUGCGAUAAAACUGAACCGGGUGAUGCUUGGACGACACCAACGUGUUGGAGCUCGUCUCGUUAAGUUAGUAGCUAAUCCGAUCGAGCAGAGGGAUCUGGACACUCUCAAAGCAUGGUCAUACAAACAGGCCUAUGUGAAACAGAACGGCCGUGGCCAGCAUUCCCUUCUAUGCGAAAAGCUCGCAGAUACAGACCUGCCCCAGGGGUUUGGCUUCGACAGGUUUGGACUCAUGGUUGGGAAGGAGUUCGCCGUCGCAUCAGCCGAAAACGAUACUCACUCGUUAGUCGUGCCGGAAGCUGCCUCGGAAGGCGACAUUGUGAGCGAGUUUAUUAGUGAAGUCCUCGCUGCACAACCGGCCGACACUGAAGCAGAUAUCUAUGAUUCGCCAGAGGCAGCAGCUACACAGGAAAAGCCAACCCAAGCAGAGAGAACUCUCCGGCCACGGACACAGUCAUCCUAUCGAGAACCGUCCGGUGGAACCCCAAUCUCGAAUAAGCACGCUACCGCUAUAUCAGUUGCUGCCCCAAAGGUACCUCAACGUUGCUGUCCGCCCGAAGUGCCAUCAACGUUACUUGCAUCUCUUGACAACCCGUUGGCCUUCUCCGCGGACUUGGUGAGGGUAUACUCGUCCAACCUCAAUCAACUUUGUCACCGGCAUCUUCAGCUCUUCGCCAAAUCCGUAAUGGUUUCCGAUCAUCAGGUGGGCAAAUCUGUGGGAUAUCAAUCGAACGUACCGCUACUGGCGAAUCCCUCUGAUUCCCUAAAGACCUCACCCCCUCGACGGCGCACCGCCUCUCUCCCCGAUAUCAACCAGCCUACCCCUUUCUUUAAGAAACCGCGACUUGGUGGCUUACACACACACUGGACCGGGUCAAGAGACAUGGGCCGCCGGCCAAUGCACGAUCAGAUGGCCGACGAGGCCUACUGCAAACAAGUGCUCGCGGGGUUGCAGGAGAGGUUGGCGCGAAACAAGUCAUUUCUCAACACCCACGGCGAAGAAGCCGAUAAACUAGUCUACAACAUCCUCCAAAAAGCCCAGCAACCUCAAACGGACGAGAGUUGUGGCGAGGUUGACGCCCUUUUCUGUACCGCAGGCGAAGCGACAAGCCGAGUUGAGUCGGGGUCUUCGGACGUCCCAAUUUUUACAGAAAGCCAGCAGCAAUUUCGAUGGAAUGGUCGAGACCGUCCAAUCGAGGAGCUCUUCCGCCGUAUGGAAGAUUUUGACCGAUCUGUCUCGGUGCAGGUCCCCUCUCGCAGCUCCUCACUCAGUUCAUUUGAAAGCCAGAAACUCAGUCAGGUCAGAAACCGGUUUCUAGAGAAGCUGGAAACCAAUGACCCCUGGAACAUUCUUGACCUGCGCAGUCCGCUCCCUCCCUCUAUUUUGCCUAGUUUCUUGACUGGGGAAAACUGCCAACUGCUUCCUCGCGUCCGAGACAUGGUGCUUACUGGGAGUCGUGCGGAGAGGGCAGUUGCGACAGGGGAACAAUGGAAUGAGUGGAGAGACGUUCUUGAAUGGGCGCUUUUAUCAGAAGGGGGCCACAACACAGCACCACACAUUGACAGUCAUGGUCUUGCAACGUGGAUCACCUCCCAAGAAGGACGCUUCGGCUUCGGUUGGAUGUCACGCCCGACCGUUCAAGAACGGACUGACUGGAUGGUCAACCCCCAAGGUUACACCGGUGGCCGGUGGCGAUAUGUCAUUCUCAGGCCAGGCCAGACGGUCUUCUUCAGUUCGGGCACAAUCCACUUUGUCUUCCGGGUACAUGGUGAGCAAACCUUAGCCCUUGGAGGUCAUAUCCUCCAAUGGUCGACCAUUGAACGGUGGCUACAAGUUGUCAUCGCCCAAGUGCAAAAUCCAAAGACCACCAACGAAGACAUGUCCCGUAGCGUACCUACAUACGUUCAGGUAGUGGCCAGACUGGUUGCAGCCCGGGUGAAGAGUGGUAGAGUAGAUGAGCUCGGAGGCGACAAAGCGGUUACGAGAUUCUUUGCUUCUGUCAAGAUCUCCCUCAAGGCGUUAUUUGCCAGCCAUGAAUCCCCAUUCAUCGGCUCAAGGCAAAAAUUUGACGAUAAUGCAUCCAUCAUCAACAGCAUCCUGUUGAGUUCCAACCUCAUUCAUGGUGGCAAACUGUGCACUGAGUGGACCAUCUGAGCGCAUGUCGAGGGUUGAUUCCGAAGCCGAACUGGAUUCAUCUGUACAUGGCGAUUGGUAUUGAUGUGAAACGCAAUUUUGCCAGCCGACUUGUAGUUCAGAAGGAGAGCCGUUGCUGCUACGAAGUGGGAAGCAGACGUCUGUGUUACUUCCCGCUUCAGUUGUAUCGACUGUAUUGAUUUGGUCUGACAUGCUGAAAGUGUGGUUGAUGUAAUCGGGAGUUGACUGGAUAGCCUCUGUAUUCCAUUCGACGGGUGGUCUUGUGCACGCCUGGGAAAGCACAGGAGCCAAAGUCGGGUCAUCUGGCUGGAAAAUGACGAUCAAGUCGCCUUCCAUGAUGUGAUCGAUAUAGAUUGAACAGGUGGUGGGCGAACCGUGGCCGGCGAUGAGAGUUUGAGUAGCUUUGCCGACCACCCGGCCUGACGGACCCAUCCGCACGGCCACCUCGCCGGGAUAACGAGAAAAGCAGGCAGUUGCUGUACACCGAGAUCCUUCAGUAGACGGGAACCAAGCCAUCUGAGCAAAGGGCUGCCACGGUGACGUGAAUUUCACUUGUCUGCUUCCCAUUAGGUCAAUACUAAAAACUAAGAGGGCGCUCUUACAAUCUCCAAUGAUCGGUUCUGACCUUCCAGACGUAGUUACACACGGGGUGGGCAGAGAUCCGAAUGAUUUCUGCUCGAAUGCUCAUCAUUUCGUGUUGCAUCAGGCACAUCGCAACCCGACCUGUUCCGCCCAUGGUGCCGUCCUGGUGGACAUAUAAGACUUGUUGUUCUUCACCUUCCGUUGUCAUAAGAGUUCCAUCGGGUCGUCGCACUGCUACCCGGACAGUCCUGUAGAGAAGAACGGAAGGUAGGUCCAUGCUGUAGAAUACCGAAGGCGGGAAUAGUAGUCAGAGUAGUAUCUGGUGGACUAGACCUCUACGUAUUCCAGUGUGAACGUCCUUAUAGAGCAGAGAGCCACGCGGGAUCCCCUUAUAUAUAGUCAGGUUGGAAGGUCUAUCUAAUAACAGCAUGGCCUAGUGGUUUCCGCUUCCUACAUCGAUUUUGGUUGUUACCUCGUUGGACAGUUAGUGGACAAGGGUUUCGCGUCGCAGACUGCAGUUUGUGAAGCCAGUUGGGAUGGGGCCCUGUGCCAGAAGCCCAAUUAUGUUAGCUGCAUAGCUGCAAAGAGUCAACGCUGGAACAGUGCAACUAGACAAGUGACAAACGCGCAUCUACGACCGCGCGAUUCCUGCGCUUACAGGUAGUCUCUGCUCCGGGUCAAAGUUUGGCCGAUGCUUGUGGAUUUGGU